AUGGAAAGAGACGAAGUCGUCGAAUCGCCGCGCAAGCGGCUCAAGGUGGCCGAUUCUUCUCCCAAAGAGGCCACCCCGGCGCCAUCAAUCUCUAACGGAGCUGCGGCUGAAGUUUCUGCCAAAGAAGCCAAGGCUCUCAAGGAGGCAGAGGUUGGGAUUACCGAGUUUGUCAGCUCUGACGUACCUGGUUUUUCGGGGAUACUCAAGAAAAGGUUCAUAAGAUCUGACUCGUACACCGACUUCUUGGUCAAUGAAAUCCUUCCCUCCGGCGAAGUGCUUCACCUGCGGAAUCAAGAAGUUCCCGCUCCUCUGAAGUCACGGACGAAUGAUGGCGCAGAAGAGUCGAAGGCCACUCAGACCUCUGGUGAAACGCCCAAAGUAGAGGGUGAAUCGGAAUCUGGCAAGGAUGGGCAGAAGGAGGCCGAAUCCAAAACAAAAGAAACGCCCGACAUUCCUCCCUUCCAGCUUUCGGAUGAGGACCGUACCCUUCUUGAAUCAUAUUUUGGCCCCGAGGUCGCUCAAAAGAUCAUUAUCCUUAAUGAGCGCGCGAGGGCUUCGCCAAAAGCCAGGCCAUAUGAGUUUGGCAAAGUCAAGUCAGGCGUUGUCAGCGACCGUGACCUACGUACCAAGAUGCACCAGGCGAUCAGGCGUAUAUUUUCAUCACAACUGGAGUCCACGACAGAGAGUGACGGUUCCAUGGUCAUUACGGUUGCUCCAAACCGGCAUAAGAAGAGUGCGCAGGGUUUCCGUGGUGAAAGCGGGAAUGCGCGAAAAGAAAGGCCCACUUGGGACGAGUUAGGAGGACCGUAUCUGCACUUCACUAUCUACAAGGAGAACAAAGACACCAUGGAGGUCAUAUCGUACCUCGCGCGUCAGCUGAAGAUGAGCCCGAAGAGUUUUCAGUUCGCUGGCACCAAGGACCGGCGGGGUGUCACCGUGCAGAGAGCUUGCGUCCCCCGGGUGUACGCUGACCGGUUAGCAGCACAGAACAAAUCCCUUCGCAAUGCGGCAGUGGGGGACUUCGAGUAUCGCAAACAUGGCCUGGAGCUAGGAGAUCUUGCUGGAAAUGAAUUCGUUAUCACCCUGCGCGAGUGCGAUUUUCCUGGUGCCGGAAAAGAGGACAGUGAAGCUGCUGUAGCGCAGGCUCAAGAGAUUGUAGGAAGGGCGCUUCGAAAUCUUCGAGAACGCGGAUACUUGAACUACUAUGGUUUACAGCGGUUCGGUACUUUCGCUACGAGAACGGACGCCAUUGGCAUGAAAAUGCUACAGGGAGAUUUCAAAGGGGCCGUCGAGGCCAUUCUUGAAUUUUCUCCCCUGGCACUAGAGGCAGCCCAGGCACCUCCAGAGUCUGAAAAGGCAGACCUGUUGAUCAGUUCUGACGACAAGGCCCGAGCGGAAGCGAUCCACAUGUUUCAGACAACCGGAAAGAUCAAUGCGGCAUUGGAUAAGAUGCCCCGGAAAUUUUCAGCUGAGUCGAGUCUUAUCCGUCAUCUGGGUCGUGCCAGGAAUGAUUAUCUUGGUGCUCUUCAAAGCAUACCCAGGAAUCUGCGACUGAUGUACGUCCACGCUUACCAGUCGCUGGUGUGGAACUUUGCGGCCAGUGAACGGUGGCGACUCUACGGGGAUAAAGUCGUGGAAGGCGACUUGGUUAUCAUCAAUGAGCACAAGGACAGUGAUGUCAGUGAAGAACAUGGGGACGUGGAUGCGGACGGAGAGGUUAUCGUCGUGCCGCAGGCGGAGGAUAGCGCCAACAAGGCGGAAGACGUAUUUACUCGAGCCAGACCUCUAUCGGCCGAAGAAGCUGCAAGUGGCAAGUACACAAUUUUUGACAUUGUGUUGCCUCUUCCCGGUUUCGACGUCGUCUACCCUGCGAACGAGAUGACCGAGUUCUACAAGCGCUUCAUGGGAAGCGAGCAAGGCGGGCACCUCGAUCCCUUUGACAUGCGCAGGAAAUGGAAGGACGUCAGCCUCAGCGGCAGCUAUCGCAAGCUUCUCAGCCGGCCUGGGCCAGACUACUCCUUCGAGGUGAGGAGAUACACCCAAGACGACGAGCAGUUCGUCCGAACGGACUUGGAGCGUCUCACCGGCGCCAAAGCCGAUAACGAAGCAUCGUCUAGCUCUACUGGCACAGCAGCAUCUGGUGACAACAAGAUCGCUGCGAUCCUCAAGUUCCAGCUUGGAUCAAGCCAGUACGCGACGAUGGCACUGAGAGAGCUGAUGAAAUCGGGCGGGGUGAAAGAGUACAAACCGGACUUUGGCGGGGGGAGAUAG